AUUUAGUAUCUCUCUCUCUCCUUUCUUGGGAUCAUCCCUCCAACUAUUAUUUCCUAAGGUUUUCCAAUUUAUCUUUUUGUUUUAUUGCCAAAAUACCACCUCUUCUCUUUGGCAGCUAGCGGAUAUCACAAUGAACUCUGAAGGAAAGAACUACAAACUAGAACUGAGAGGCAUGAAACAAAGCAUCAUGCCAUUGCACUGAGUAUAUCUUUGCCCAUCUUAUUUUUCUUGUAAUUAUGGCAUGGACUGUAUUAUAGGUGGGAGCUAUGGAUAACAAGAAGGCGAAGACAGGUUCUAAGUUUCAAAAGUGGUUCAAAUUCAGGAAGCAAAAGAGAAAAGAACCUUGCCAUCUAAAUGAAUCUUCAGUACAUGGAAGAGAAGAUAAAAGUGAUAAUUAUGCAGGUGACAUUUACGUUCCAUCAUUACAGAUGGAUCCAUGCACUUCAACCCAAGAGCUAAAAAUUUUUGUGGGUACUUGGAAUGUUGCUGGAAGAUCUCCAGUAGGGAGUCUGGCUGUAGACCUGGAUGAAUGGCUAAAUCUCAAGGAGGCUGCCGACAUGUAUGUUCUCGGAUUUCAAGAGAUAGUACCCUUGAAAAUUAGAAAUGUUAUAGGAGCGGAAAACCCAACAGAAGCAACAAACUGGAACCAACUUAUUGGAAAAACGCUCAACAACAGGUUUGGAUGCCCUUGGCUGACACCUAUGCUGAAUCCAAUCUCAAGUGACAACUACCAAAGUGUUGCCAUUCCAGACAGUAAAAGACGAACAAGUUUUAGUGGCAGUUUUUGGACUCCGAGAGAAAGGUCAAGAAAACAAAUUCAGCUGUCACAAAGCACAGGCAUCAAGUACAAACUAAUGGCAAGCAAGAAGAUGGUUGGAGUGUUUAUAAGUGUGUGGAUGAAGACAGAGUUGCUCAGGAAGUACAGUGUUGCAAAUGUGAAAAAUUGUUCAGUGGCUUGUGGCAUCAUGGGCUACCUGGGAAACAAAGGCUCCGUUUCAGUGAGCAUGACCAUUGAAGGAACCAGUUUUUGCUUUAUUGCUGCACAUUUGGCUUCUGGUGAGAAGAAAGGCGAUGAAGGACAGAGGAAUCACCAGGUCUCAGAGAUUUUCAGGCGAACGGUGUUCCCCGGAUCCUCCAAAGAUGAUGACAAUCGUAAUCCUCUCACCAUCCUAGGACACGAUCAGAUAUUUUGGUUCGGGGAUCUCAACUAUAGGUUAUACUUGGAAGAUAAUUUAGCUAGGGAUCUAAUAAAGAAGCAAGACUGGAAAGCACUGCAGCAGUUCGAUCAGCUUCGCAGGGAACAAGAGGAUGGUGGAGUAUUCCAAGGAUGGAAAGAGGGAAACAUAAAAUUUGCACCAACAUAUAAAUAUUCUUCAUCAAAUUGCAAUCGCUACUCUGGUGGCCUUCCUAGCAGAGCAGGAGAGAAACAAAGGACUCCAGCUUGGUGUGAUAGAAUUCUAUGGUAUGGUAAAGGGGUGAAACAGUUGUCCUAUCUUCGCAGUGAAAGUAAGUUCUCUGAUCAUCGGCCAGUGUCUGCCCUAUUCUCUACACAGAUAGAAGUCAUCAAGUCCACCAAUCCAAGAUUUGCUAAUAUGGAGACAUUUUUUCCCAACAUAAUGACCCCUGAGAGUACCGGGACAAGCAAAAACGAUAAGGAGGCCAAAUCUACAUUGCAAUCUUUGAUUUUAAAGGAUUUAGAAGAAUCACCAAACACAGGCGAAUACUGUAAAACCAGAUGACGAGAGAUGUAGCUGGGCUUUAGCGACUCAGUUUGGUUGAGGGUGGGUUUGGCAGGCAUUACUGUCUCUUAAUAUUUCUUUCUUUGGAGGAGGCUCUAUGACUUAAAUAAGUGGUUGAUCCCAGACAAAAAUAGAUUUGAUAAUCGAUUCACUAGGAACCACUAUACAUGUCUCUGUUUCAAUGUAGGAUUUGUAAAAGAAUAAAGGUCAUACGGGCUU